AUGUAUCGCGAUGACGAGGAGAAGAACCCGAAGAAGUGCGAACCGGAUGAUAUCAGAACAGCGACACGAAACCUUAGUAACAUGGUGUUGGCUUUGGCAGACACCUUGAUGGACAAAAAGGGACUCUCAGUUGUUGACCUUUUUGAACAAAGCGAACUUGCAAAGCGAAAGGGAAAGGGAAAUUCGCAAGCAGAGGAUAAGAGGUUGGGGGUACUCAAGGAUGCAAAAAAAGAGAUCGAAAAGGAUGGUGUCUUUGUCCCAGUUCUAGUGAGUGAUGCUAGCGAACAUCUUGAAUCAUUGAAAGUUGUCAAGUUUACCAUCGAUGCAUCGGAAACGGACUUAGUUCCUGAUCCAAUGUUACUUCUUAUCAAGGCUGCCAUCAAUUGGUCUUGGCGCUGUGGCCAAAAGCUUCUUCCAGCAUGCGGCAGUGUCCAAAGUGAAGGAGAGGACGCGGAAUUGACUGUUUCCACACCACCUUGUAUCGUGGUGAUUGGGCCUAAGCCUGUGCCUGUCACGCCAGUCUCGGAAGAUGACUGGGAGCAUUUAGUAUGA